CCCUCUGGGGGGGUUUCCCUUACAGCUGCUGCGAUGCUGGGACUCCUCCCUGCGUUCCCCUGCCUGCUCUUCCUUUCCCUGCCGGGCCCCAGCUCUGGCUCCGAUGACAACGGCACCGUGGUGCUCACCACCAGUGGCCCCAUCCAGGGCAAGCGCCUCCAGGCCGGCUCCAGCACAGUGACGGCCUUCCUGGGCAUCCCCUAUGCUGAGCCUCCCGUGGGGGCCUUGCGCUUCCAGAAACCGCUUCCCCACCAGCCCUGGAGCCACGUCCUGGAGACCACCAGCUUCGGCAAUGUCUGCCACCAGCCUCCGGUCACUGGUUACCCUCAGGCAGAUGUCUGGACACCCAAAGCGCCGCAGUCCGAGGACUGCCUCUUCCUCAAUGUCUGGGUGCCCCAUCCCCAUCCCAACGGUACGGCCCCCAUCCUCGUCUGGAUCCACGGUGGGGGGUUCUUCACAGGGGCAGCCUCCCUCGAGAUCUAUGACGGGCGCUUCUUAGCCGCCACCGAGAAUGUGAUCGUGGCCUCCAUGAACUACCGGCUGGGGGCGCUGGGCUUCCUGUCCCUGCCCCCCGCCGCCCCGGGGAACGCCGGCCUGUGGGACCAGCGCCUGGCGCUGCACUGGCUGCAGGACAACGUGGCCGCCUUCGGAGGGGACCCGGCUCGUUUUCUGCUCUUCGGCCAGGGCACUGGGGCUGCGUCAGUCGGCUUCCAUCUCCUCUCCCCGGGGAGCCGGCCCCUCUUCACCCGCGCCGUGCUGCAGAGCGGAGCCCCGAACGCACCAUGGGCUUGGAUUUCACUUGAAGAGGCCAAGGAGAGAGGCCAGAGAUUGGGCCAGCUGCUGGGCUGCUCCGAUGGUAACAGCACGGCCCUGGUGGGCUGCCUGCAGGGGAAGGAACCCAGGGAGUUCCCCAAACACGAGUUCUCCAUCUUGAACCACAAGAAGGAACUGAAGCUGCCCUUUGUGCCGACACCAGACGGGGAUUUCCUCCCUGAUACACCACCAAGACUCCUGCAG